AUGCUAAUUUUUCCUUUCUCCUAAACCCUAACUGCCAUCUAUUAGGCUCAGUGUCCUAUUUAUCAGCACAAACAAUAGUAGUGGCAAUUCAAUGCUUGUUUCUGCGUCGAUUUAAAGGUUUUUUUUUUUUUUUUUCCCUGAAGGCGGAAUGUUUAGAUUCACGGUAGGAGAUGUGCCUCCGAGAGUUCUUCCAAUGGACAGGCUUCGGAGGUCUGUGUCGUUGGCCUUAUCUCCGAUGGAAAUAAUGGAUGGGUUCCCUCGCAAUAGUUUCUCGUAUUCUAGGCUCCCCGAUGAGCCCAUCAAGCUCUCCGUUCUCAAAUUGGACGGCUCUUCCUUUGAUGUUGACGUGACAAAAUCAGCCACCAUUGCAGAUCUCAAGCUAGCAGUGCAGGCCGUAUUCAGUCAUGUUCUAAACAAGAUUUCAUGGUCGCAUGUGUGGGGGCACUUUUGCUUGUCCUAUGAAGGUCAAAAGCUAGUUACAGAUACUGAUCACAUCAAAAACUACGGCAUCAACGAUGGAGAUCAGCUUCAUUUUAUUCGGCAUAUCUCAAUCAGCUGCAACCCUACAAAGAAGCAAGCCAAGAAAAGGGAGAUUUCUUCCAAGCAAGGAUAUAUGUCCUUACCAAGAUCAAACGUAGAGUACAAACAAAUUUACGAAGAAGUCAAUAACUAUGAUGAUACGGCAAAUGGGAAUACCAGCAUCACAACAAUUAGAUAAUAUAGCCCUCUGAAGAAUGUGCCUCUCCAACUCCACCACAACUGCAUCCCUAAUUCUUCCAAUUCUACACAGCAGGAUCCUACAACUCAGCCUGAGCAGAUGCUGGAGGAAGGGAGGAAGAAAGUGGAGGCGGAGUUGGCAGAGGCUUUGGCCAAUCUGGAGAGGUAGAAGUUGGAGACCAUAAAAGUCCUUGAUGCUCAGGCUCAAGAACUGGGUCGGAAGAUCGUGAAGAAGGUCCUUCCUGUUGAACCCAAAACCAUCUAAAAUAAAACUUUUCAUUAUCC